UCACUGGAUGUGUCCAGAAUUGGUGCGGAAAAAUCCCGAACACAAGUCGUCAAAAUCGCCUGUCCAUCACGGACGCCGCCAUGAUACUGCACACGGUGCAUUCACGUGAAGAAACCCGGUGUUGAAGCGUCCACCUUGCAAGAGGGGAGCACGUUGUGAAAUUUCAUCACUCAAUAUGGCAGAGGAAGCAGUUCCGGGUGUGGAGAACCUGAAGCUUCAGGAUGGACAGAUCCCACCAGAGGAGGAGGCUGAGGACCAGCUGAUCACGCCAUGGGAAGUCACGUCAGGAAGCCAAAAAGGUGUCAACUAUGACAAGCUAAUCGCCCAGUUUGGGAGCACAAAGAUUGAGCAAGACCUGAUUGACAGGAUUGUGAGAGUGACAGGAAAGCCAGCCCAUCAUCUGCUGACUAGAGGCAUGAUCUUUUCACACAGGGAUGUCAACCUGAUCCUAGAUGCCUAUGAAAAAGGGAAGCCAUUUUUCCUGUACACAGGCAGAGGACCAUCAUCAGAGGCAAUGCACGUGGGACAUCUUAUUCCCUUCAUGAUUACCAAGUGGUUACAGGACAUUUUUGAUGUUCCCCUGGUGAUCCAGCUGACUGAUGAUGAGAAGUUUCUGUGGAAGGACCUGUCUGCAGAGGAGGCCAGGAGACUGGCCAAUGAGAAUGCUAAGGAUAUCAUCGCCCUGGGCUUCGAUGUUGACAAGACCUUCAUUUUCUCAGACAUGGACUACAUCGGGUCUUCACCAGAUUUCUACCGUACUAUGCUGAAGGUUCAGAAAUGUGUCACCUUUAACCAAGUCAAGGGAAUCUUUGGCUUUGGGGACAGCACAUGUAUAGGAAAGAUCAGUUUCCCAUCCAUCCAGGCAGCCCCGUCCUUCAGCUCAUCCUUCCCACAAAUCUUUGGGGGUAGAAAAGAUAUCCAGUGUCUCAUUCCCUGUGCCAUUGACCAGGACCCAUACUUCAGAAUGACCCGUGAUGUGGCACCCCGCCUGGGCUUCCCCAAGCCUGCCCUGCUCCACACCACGUUCCUGCCUGCUUUGCAGGGGGCCAUGACCAAGAUGAGUGCCAGCGAUGCUGUCUCAUCCAUCUACCUUACAGAUACCAAUGCACAGAUCAAGAAGAAGAUCAAUAAGUAUGCGUUCUCUGGAGGGCAGGCGACAGUGGAGGAGCACCGCAGACUGGGAGGGAAUGUGGACGUGGAUGUGUCCUACAUGUAUUUAACCUUCUUCAUGGAGGAUGACGACAAACUGCAGCAGAUAAGAGAGGCUUACUCCAGUGGCAACAUGCUGACUGGAGAGCUGAAGAAAGAAUUGAUCGGAAUCCUGCAGAAGGUCGUGUCUGACCACAUAGAGAGGAGAAAACAGGUCACUGACGAAACCGUCAAGGAGUUCAUGACACCAAGGAAGUUGAAGUAUAAUUAUUGAGCAUGGAAUAAUGUUUAAAAUUAUCCUUUAGUAUAAGGAUAUGACACUUGGGAAAUCUGCACAAAAAAUUAUUCUCCAAAAGUCAAAUGUCUUCCUGUAAAUGAAAACAGUUGUGUAUGUUGUUACUUAAGUGUUGUAGAUGACUACACUAAUAACAGUAUGGAAGAGUCUCUACAGAGUCCAUUAUUUCACCAUAUGUACUAGUAGUUUAUACAUGCACAUGUAUCCUUAAUGGUGCACUUCAAAGUAUCAGGUGUAACAAAAAGCUAUGUGUGAUACAAACCAAACAAAUAUUGAUAUGAAGAAGCAAUUUUAUCGGUCUUGCUGUAUUGGUAUUAGUCAAAUUCAGUCACUUAGUAUCUGUAUUGAAAAAGAAUACAUACUUUUGGAUUCAGUAAAAUUAAAAUCCUUACUAUGUAUUUUAAUUGGAGAGAAAUACCUCAGCAUGUGUUACAACUUCAAGAUAUGAAAAAUUCAGUUUAUCACCAUCCAGCCUCAAGUUUCACGGCUUCUUUGCAUUGCAAUAAUAGUCGAUUCUAAUCGGAAAUUAGAACUGUAGGAUGGUGCCCUUUUCAUUUGUAAGGUAGCAGAUGACUGGCUAUGAUAUAAUUUUAAUGAUGUAUUGUUUGACAAAAAAAUCUUUUAUUUGCCAUGUAUGUACUGUAUCUGCUUGGAAAGUAAGUUGAACGUAUGGAUAGAGGAUUUCAUAGAAAUUUCUCUGUUGUAUGUAACAGUUAAUGUUACACGUAUACCGGUAUGUAAAUUAUGAGAAUGUGGUUAUCCCUAUACACCUGUAAUAUGUCUGCAUGACACCAGGCCAUAGCAGCAUUACAUACAUGCUUCCCGAAUAUAGGCAAGAACAAAUAAAGAAACUAAGUCUUGAAAA